AUGUCAUCAACAAGCCAACAACGUGUGAUUCUUGUUACUGGAGCCAACAAAGGUAUAGGUUUUGAAGUCGUAAAGAAACUUGCGAAAGAAUCACCAAUCAAUAAAAAUAUCAUUCUUCUUGGCAGUCGUGAUUUGGAACGAGGUCAAGAUGCACUCGUUCGACUAGGCUCACCAUCAAAUGUCUAUGUUCUCCAAGUAGAUAUAUCAUCACGAGAUAGUAUCGCUCGUGCUACAGAUGAAAUUAAAUGCAAGUAUGGCGGUCAAUUGGAUAUAGUCAUUAACAAUGCUGCUAUUGGAGGGUUAGAAUUAACUGUUGAAUCAGCUCGAGAAAUGUUUUCUACAAAUUAUUAUGGUAUCAAAACAUUGAAUGAACAUUUAUUUCCUCUCAUACGAGAGAAUGGUCGAGUGGUUAAUGUAGCCAGUGCAUGUGGUUCAAUCGUAUUAUUUGAAGCUUCAAAAGAUCUUCAAGAGAAAUAUUCGUCAUCGACAUUGACCACAGUGCAGCUCGAUUGUCUUGUCGAAGGUUUUAUUUCAGCUAUUGCCACAAAUACUAUCGAAGAACUCGGAUACAAUCCUAAGUCAUCGUAUUUAAUUUAUAGCGUGACAAAGGCAGCGGUUAUCGCUCUCACUCGAAUUGAAGCACGUCAAUGGUCUGGUGCCAAAAAUGUACUUAUCAUCUCCGUGUGUCCAGGAUUUUGUGCCACUGACAUUAAUAAAAAUGCAUCCGGUGCUCGUCCUGCACAGUUUGGUGCUGAUUCAAUUUUGUAUGUCGUCAAUGCUCCUCAAAGUGAAUUAGAAAACGGUUGUUUUUACCGCGAUGGCCAACAACUACCACAGAUUGGAUUUUUCAAUCGUAAAAAUUGA